ACUUCAUGGUGUUCACUGCGAUCAACUUCAGUAAAUGUAGUGUGUUUGCGUUAUUAAAACCAGGAAUCGUAUUAAGUCAAAUGAGUGGGCAGGCGAAAAUUUCGGCUUUCUUCACACAGUCUACCAAGCGGACGAUUAACAAUGUCAAUAAUGGAGAAAUCGGAGAAACUAUGCCUAAAACACCAAGUCCAAAGAAGCUCAGAAUGGAUGAGAAAGGAGAUGAAAUCUCCUCCAUAAAAGAGAAUAUAGAAAAAAGUCCCAACAGCAAUGUACCAUCAGUUCCAUUAUCUCCAGAACAAAAAGACAGGAUAGAACAGAACAAGUUAGCAGCAAGAGCAAGACUAGCAUCUAAGACAUCUAAUGGUCUAUUGGUUGAUGUAGGACCAUCGUGGUUCAGAGCCCUGGAGAGUGAAUUCUCAAAGGAGUAUUUUACCAAUCUAUCAAAGUUUGUGAUGUCUGAAAGAAGCAAGCAUACCAUAUAUCCCCCAGUGCAUGAUGUGUUUAGCUGGACCAACUAUUGUAGUAUUGACAAAGUUAAAGUGGUCAUCCUAGGACAAGACCCUUAUCAUGGACCCAAACAAGCUCAUGGUCUGUGUUUUAGUGUCCAAAAAGGAGUGCCACCACCACCAAGUUUACAAAAUAUGUACAAGGCCCUGACGGAAGACAUACCUGGAUUUUCCCAUCCUGGACAUGGUACUCUGAUAGGCUGGGCAAACCAGGGAGUCCUGCUUUUGAAUGCCUGUCUGACGGUGAGGGCAGGACAGGCCAACUCCCACAAAGACCAGGGAUGGGAGAAGUUUACAGAUGCCGUCAUAUCAUAUCUGAACAAAAACAAACGGGGACUGGUGUUUAUGCUGUGGGGGUCCUAUGCUCAGAAGAAAGGAGCACAUAUUGACAAGAAGAAGCAUCAUGUUUUGACUGGUGUCCACCCCUCACCACUGUCCGCUCACAGGGGAUUCUUCAGCUGUAAACAUUUCUCCAAGUGUAAUGAACUUUUGAAAAAGGAGGGAAAAUCUGCCAUUGAUUGGAAUCAUCUCCCACCACAAAGUUAGAUCAAUACACAAAAGUGGGGACAAUCAUUCAUAUAGACAUCAUUUUUCAUAAUCAUGUAGCACAUGUGAUCAUUUUAAUUUUUACAUCCGUAGUUUUGUUAGCUCACUUAGCUAGAGCCUUGAUGAGUGAGCUUAUCUGAUCUAACUGAUGUUGUGUGUUGGCGCUUGAUGUCUGGCUGGUAACUUUUCUCAUUUUCAAAUUCUUCUCAAGAAGCUUUCUUGAUCUUAGUUUGCAUGAUAUUGUUUUUUUUUUUUUUUUUAGGGAGGGGGCAUGGACAUCUUUCAUGUUCCUACUUUGUAUUCAAAAGGUGUACUGUAAUUUUUUUUAAUUCAUGUGGCUAAGUUAUGGAGCAUUAUAUGCCAUAUGCCAAUUAUGCUUUCACAAAGCGUUCGAUGAAUUGUCUGUGCACAAAAGCUGCUAACCAGUGUAAUGGAAAUCCAAGUGUCUGCAGUAAGGCAUUUUAAUAAUAGAUGUUCUUUUUUUAUCUUUAUGCUGUAGAUUUAAUCAAAUUUUUUGUUACGGGACGAAGUUUUGUCACCAUUGUUGAUUUUUAACUGCUUUAGUAGUACUAACUGAGAUUGAUUUUUUAAAUAAAAUAUUGAGAAAUUGU